AAAUCAUUCCAGGACAGCUUCAACAGACCCCACCCCCCCAAAGUCAUUUUCUAGUCCCCCUCAUGUUGAACCUGAAGCUAGAGCUAGUGUCCGGGGAGAAAAGGGGACAGUCUCUAUAAAUUCCCCCUUCUUUUGCAACUUGGCUUCCCUACUUUACCUCCAGGCACCCAUAUGUGAAUUGGAAGGACUUGGCAGGACUAGAGUUAAAAAAAAAACACAUGUUUUCUUGGACAAAUGAAGCAGCUCUCUCUAAUUCACCAUUCUGACUUAGACACUACGUGACACCCCUUCCAAUGUCCAGACUAAGUCUCCCUAACAGUGGAAAUAAAAUGCAGGGGAAAGGGAGACAAAAUAGCAGAGAUCCUGGGACAGUAACUCAGAGGAAAGGGCUACCAGAGAGCAGCCCUGUCAGCGUAGGCGGCUCCGUCCGCAGUGUAGCCGCCCUUUCUGUCUUCCAGCUGCAGAGAAAUAGCAGCUGCCCCCAUGUAAGGAACUUAUGCAGUAUGGAGAUGCUAGGCCAAUGCAGCAGUUCCACAGCCUUUGUGUCCCCAACAGAAAUAAGAGUAGAGAGUAUCCCAGAGGCAACGGGCCCAUUUAAAAAGAUCCCAUUGUCCCCCAGAGCCUGCUCUAACUUGUCAGACCACGUGUUCUGCUUGGUAUGGAAGAUGCAUUCACUGCACUCAUAGUUGACGAGGCAAAUGCCCAGUCACUCCCCGAAAGGUAGCUUCAUUAUGCUACCCCCCACCCCUCUUAACAGCUGCUCCUCCAGCCCUCUGUCUUCUCACGCUGAAACAGUCAGACCCACACCCAGACACCUGUCUCAGAUAUGUGCACAUGAUACACAGCCACACACACACAUAAAUAAGCACAUUCUUAGACCCAGGCCAAUACACAAAGAGCCCCCCACCCUCACACAUGUACCACUUAGGUUGUCACCAUCUCAUGCAUCCAGCCACAAGCACCACUAACCCCAUUUCACAAACACAUGGCUUUUGAGCUAUCUUUCCUUGGAUCAACUUCAAAGGGGUGGAGAGUCAGUGAGAGUCACCCAUUGCCUUUUCCUCCAACUUCCCAGCAUCUCUUAUCUCUGUCUCACACUUCACCCCUGGCCCCUUCUUCCUUCCUUGUUCUUAAAGAAUUCUUGCUGGAAAGCCCGCUGGCUUCUCAGCCUCCCUUUCCACCUUCUGGAAAAUACCCGCUUUCUGGUCUCCACCUUUUUCCUUUCCCGAGUGCAGGUCCCCACCAGCAGAAUCCAACCUCAAAACAGGAAGUCUUGGGUCAGUGCCCCAUUUGGGCCUAAGGCUUAGGCAGGCAGUGGGCGUGGAGGAAAGACUUCCUGAAUGUGCCACCCCAUGGCCCUGCCCCAAACUGAUGGCCUUCAUUAGUCCCUGGCAUUUAUCUUGGAACCACAGCCAGUGACAGAACUGUCCCAGCCCUUCUUGCUGCCUGCAUUGAGCCCAGCAGUGGUAUGGGGAACUGUCUGUACCCGGUAGACUCCUCCUCUGCUGGUGAUAACUGGAGUAGCACUGCCUUUGGAGACAACUUUUCAGAUGAGUGGAAUAAUUCCUACGACCUAACUACACAGGACUAUAACUACAUUGGAUUUGAAGCAGCUGCCCCGUGCCGCUCUUGUAGUCUGCUGGACGAGUCCUCACUGCCCUUCUAUGUCCUCACCAGUGUCCUGGGAAUCCUAAUGAGUGGAGCUGUUCUCUUUGCUCUUCUCAGGCCUCUCUUUCGCUGGCGACUGUGUCCUGGCCGGCCAAUCCUGGCACAGUUGGCUGUGGGCAGUAUCCUCUUCAGCACUGCUGUGCCCUUCCUGGCACCAGGGCUAAGUGGUGGCUACCACACCCACCUAUGCCGCCUGAUCCACUUGGUCUGGUAUAGCUCAGCCUUUGCCCAAGCUUUGCUGAUAGGCUUCUGUGCCUGCCUGGGCCCCAAACUUGGUCCAGGCCAGGUCCCAGCCCUCACCCUGGGUCUCAGCCUGGGACUUUGGGUAGUGGCAGUCCUAUUGGGGCUGCCAGCCACCCUAGGCAGUGACAUUUCCAAUGGACUCUGCACCCUGGCACUCAGACAGGGGAUUUUACGGUUUAUGCACACUGCUGCCUGUUUUGCCAUCUUUAUCUUGUUGCCACUGGGUUUAUUGGGAGCCAAGGGGCUAAAUAAGGUAUUGGGCAGGGGGUCAUGUCCUUGGGUAGAUACCCUGUGUGUCUGGUUCAUUUUCUGGUGGCUUCAUGGAGUAGCUCAGGGAUUGGACUCCUUAGUGAGGUCCAAGUUCUUGAUAGUGUCAUCAUGCCCGGCCCAGCAGGCCCUGGACGUGCUGCCGCACUUGGCAGAAGCCCUGGCAAUAUCGCACUGUGUGGCUACACCCCUGCUCCUAGCCCUGUUUUGCCACCAGGCCACUCGCACUUGCUUGCCCUCCUUGCCUCUUCCAGCAAGACAAUCCUUUCAUCAGGACACCCUUGGAAGCAAAUCCUAGCUCUCUUCUCACAUGUCAACCUGAAUUAAAGUCCACACUGCUUUUAUGAA